CUUCACAUGUGUGAUUUCUUUGUGGCAAAACGUACUGGUCAACAGCCAUUGCGAAGUUAUCGUGUGGGUUUUGCCGCGCAAACACUUUCAGUCGGAAUCAUCGUGAUAAUUAUGUAAAUAUUUACGGUAGUCGCGCAAAUCAUUUAUAGUUCUCAAUAUCUUACAAUUAUGUAAUAACAGAAGUGUCACUCGCGGUAUCUAUAAGAAUAUUACUGUGUUGAACAUGAUGAACUCUGAUCACAGUGAAGUUGAGGAUGAAGACUUAAAGUUAUCGAUAGAUUCCACAAAUCAGUCCACAACUAAGAGGCCACAUAUAGAGUCAGAAGAUGAAAAUGAACAAAAUAUACCUGCUAAGAAACGACGAUGUUCUGCCAGUAAAGAACUGGAGACAUCAGAGAAAAAUAAUAUUGAAAUUACCUCAGACAAAAAUGGUAUAAAUGAGAACGAUAUAAAAAAAGAAAAAGAUGCAGUAUCUUUUGAGAUCAAACCAGAUCUAGCUGAAAAUUCUUCGUUGAAUACAAAUGUAAAGAUAAAAAAUAAGGAAGACCAAGAAGACAAAAUAACAAAGGUCAAAAGUGAAGAACAGAGAGAGACUACUUCAGAAGAUGACUCCUUUAAACUUACCAUGGGUGAAAGUCCUAUAAAGGUUAAAGAAGAAAUUACAAGCAAGGAUAAUACAUUCAAAGGACCUGAUAAUGCUAAGGCAGCAUCUACUUUCAAUACUGUGAAAACUGAAGAAGAUAAUAUAGUAGUUGGCGAUACAGAUAAUUGUAAGGAGAAUAGCAAAGAAAAUGAGACAAAAGAGAAAUAUACUGCAAAGAAUCGAUCUACAGAUACAGAAGUAGUAGAUGGAUUGGAGCUUUCAGUGGAAUGCGCCAGUGAUAAAGAGGGAUCGAGUUCGGACAGUGCAGACGAAGAAGAAAAGAAGCCACGACCAAAAACAGUGAUCGUCAAAGCUGAACCAAAUGAAUCGGAAUUGGAAUGUGGUUCAUCGGAUGAUGAGAAGUCUGAUGCGCAGGAAACCAAUGACGCAGUAGAAAUAAAAUCAAAAGACAGGAGGAAGAGAAGAGGUACGAGAACAAGUUUCAGCAAACUGAAGGCCUCCGGAUCUGAAGACAGUCAGAAUAACAAUUCUGACGAGGAUUAUAAUCCACGAACUAAGAAGAAGUUGAAAAGAUCGCCAGCAACAAAAAGAUCGACAAAACGCUCGACUGAAUCGAAAAGAGGACGAGGCGUAGGAAUAAGGAAAAAUGCUCACAAAAAAAAUACCGAAGAUGCGUCUGAUGAUGAAAACUCCGAUAUUAUUUCAACAGACAAAACUGAAAAAACAGUAAAAAAUGAGACGGAAGAAGAAAUGUCGGAAAAAGAAUCUUCAGUGAGCAAAAGUGAUGGUAAGAGUAAUUCCGAUCAUGAAGAGAAGCCUACAAAGGCUAGGAGGGCGAGACGUACCAACGCCAAACCAGAGGAUAACAAACAGAUUCAAAUGUUAAAGAAAUAUCUAAAAGUUGCUGGCGUGAGAAUAAAGUCAUACCAAGAAAUUUGGGCCGAUUGUCAUAAUAAUACUGAAAGAAUUAAUCGUCUGAAAGAAUUAUUAGAGAAAAAAGGUAUCACUGGAAGACCAACGUUGGAGAAGUGUAAACGAGCGAAAAAGAAGAACGAGAAAAUAAAAGAGGCAUCCGAAUUGGACUCAUCCAAUAUUCUAUCUGAAGCUAUUGGUUUUGUUAGUGAAUCUCAAGUGUACCCCAUUUUUAAAAUGAGUGAAAACAUCGAACAAAGAGUUUGUCUUAAAUUUUGUGUUGUCAACAAAAUUCCUUGUGCUGAGUCGUUGAAAAUGUUGGAGAAAGCCUACGGUAAGUCAGCUUUAUCGAAAACACGAGCAUACGAGUGGUACAAAACAUUCAAAGAAAGCCGAGAAGUGGUUGAAGACUUGCCUCGUUUCGGUCGACCUUCAACGUUUUUGACUGACGAAAACAUCGACAAAGUGAAGGAAAUGGUCAUCGUCAAUGGAAAAUCGUCAUUCAAGCUUAAGAGAGGUGGUUCAGGAUCUGGACAUGUCUCACGAAUCCGUUCGCACCAUUUUAGUUCAUGUUUUGGGCAUGAGACGCGUUGCGGAACGACUUGUUCCGAAGGAGCUGAAUUUUCUUCAAAAAGAGCACCGUAAACAGGUUGCUGAAGAUAUGCUUGAACGAGCCAGUUCGGACCCUAUAUUCAUAAAACACAUUAUAACGGGUGACGAAACGUGGGUUUGACAUGCAAACCAGCCAAGCUUCGGAAUGGCGCUUCGAUAACGAGCCGAAACCGAAAAAAUCACGUCAAAGUCGCUUGAAGAUCAAACUCAUGUUGACUGUAUUCUUUGACUAUCGUGGUGUUGUCCACUCGGAAUUCUUUCCGGAAGGGCAAACAGUCAACAAACGAUAUUGUCUGGGUGUUAUGAGGCGUUUGAGAGAGAAUGUUCGCCGGAAAAGGCCAGAUUUGUGGAAGAACAAUUCUUGGAUUUUGCACUACGAUAAUACGCCAUCCCACACAUCAACUCUUGUACGCGAAUUUUUGACUAAAAACUCAAUAAAUGUUAUCGACCAAGCACCGUAUUCGCCAGAUAUGGCACCAUGUGACUUUUUCCUAUUUCCCAAACUCAAAUUACCACUUCGUGGAAGACGUUUUGAGUCUAUUAAAGCCAUAAAACAAGAUACGCAGAAGGAGCUGCAGGUCAUAUCGGAAAGCACUUAUAAGAAGUGUUUUGACGACUGGAUUAUUCGUUGGCAUAAGUGUAUCGUAUCAAAUGGAGCCUAUUUUGAAAACGACAAAAUAAAUUUGGAUGAUUAAACCAA